GGGCGGGGCCAAGAACAGUUAGGCUGUGGGAGGAGAGGGCUAGAUGAUGCUGGACUCCAGGGGAGGAGCCAGUACACCUGUGCAAGACUGAAGGGGAGGAGCCGGGGACACCUGUGCACGACUGAAGGGGAGGAGCGGGACACCUGUGCACGACUGAAGGGGAGGAGCCGGGACACCUGUGCACGACUGAAGGGGAGGAGCCGGGACACCUGUGCACGACUGAAGGGGAGGAGCCGGGACACCUGCAUGACUGAAGGGGAGGAGCCGGGACACCUGUGCACGACUGAAGGGGGGGAGGAGCCGGGACACCUGUGCACGACUGAAGGGGAGGAGCCGGGUCACCUGUGCACGACUGAAGGGGAGGAGCCGGGACACCUGUGCACGACUGAAGGGGAGGAGCCGGGACACCUGUGCACGACUGAAGGGGAGGAGCCGGGACACCUGUGCAAGACUGAAGGGGAGGAGCUGGGACAACUGUGCAAGACUAAAGGGGAGGAGCCGGGACACCUGUGCAAGACUAAAGGGGAGGAGCCGGGAUACCUGUGCAGGACUGAAGGGGGGAGGAGCUGGGACACCUGUGCAGGACUGAAGGGGAGGAGACGGUACACCUGUGCAAGA